CAAAAGUUGUGCCGUGUCCUUUUCUCCAUCUCCCCUCGUCAACAACAAUUCCCUCACCUUCACUCUCAAAACACCACUCCUUAAAACACUUUUCUGUCAAACUCUGAAACUGAAACUGAAACUGAAACAACCAAUGGCCACUAUUCUUCUCGUCCUUCAGCUUCUGAUUCUUCUUAUUCGCCCAUCUCUCCCACAAAACCUGCACCCAAGCGACCUCACAGCCCUCCUCUCCAUCAAGGCCACUCUCACCGACCUCUCUCCCACCAACCCCUUCUUCUCCACCUGGAACCUCACCGCACCCGAUCCUUGCUCUUCCUUCGCUGGCCUCACCUGCACCCUCCGCCGCGUCACCGCUCUCUCCCUCGGCGAACCCUCCUUCCCCCUCGCCGGCACCCUCCCCGCCUCCCUCUCCCUCCUCACCGACUUGACUCAGCUCCUCCUCUCUCCCGGUCUCGUCACCGGCCCCAUCCCCCUACAGCUUGCCCACCUCACCAACCUCCGCGUCCUCUCCCUCACCUCCAACCGCCUCACAGGCCCCAUCCCCACCGCACUAUCCACCCUCCGCCGCCUCCACACCCUCGACCUCAGUCGCAACCAACUCUCCGGCUCACUCCCCCCGACUCUCACCGACUUGCCCCAACUCAAAAUCCUCAUCCUCGCCUCCAAUUCUCUCUCCGGUACGUUACCCCAAACUGUUAACUCCCCGUUACUCCACCUCGACCUAAAAGACAACAAACUCACUGGACCGUUACCGUCGUCUCUUCCGUCAUCUCUCCGUUAUCUGUCGCUCUCGCAGAACCUCAUGUGGGGCCCUCUUCCCAACGGCCUUCAAACGCUUUCCGAAUUGGCUUUCCUCGAUCUCAGUAUGAACCGUUUCGCCGGGCCCAUCCCGGCCCAAUUGCUCUCCCUUCCUGCUCUCUUCAACAUUUUCUUACAACGUAACAAUCUCUCUGGUGGGCUUGGGUCCGGGCCCAGACCCGGACCUGUACCCGGAUCUAUAGUCGAUCUGAGUCAUAAUUGUCUGAGUGGAGAGCUUUCGAGUGUUCUGGAGGGAGUGGAGAGUUUGUUUUUGAACAAUAACCGUUUUACGGGGGAGGUUCCGGAGGCGUACGUGAAGAGCGUGUGUCGCGGCAGCACCAGAUUGCUGUACCUACAGCAUAACUACCUAACCGGGAUUCCGCUGCGGGAGGGAGUGGUGCUGCCCGAUGCGGCGUCGUUGUGCGUGUCCUACAACUGCAUGGUGCCACCGCCCGCGGUGGUCAUGACGUGUCCAGCGAGCGCCGGCGGGGUGGUGACGAGGCCGGCUGCGCAGUGUUCGGUGUUUAGCCAUAACGGUAACACCGGAGGUUGAUGGAUAGACGGUGGUCAAUUAAUUGGAUUGGAUUGGUGGAGAUGUAAUGUUACUGUGUGCAACUGCAACCGCGUCUCAUUCACUGCAAUUCAAUGCUUGUUCUUUUGUCUUUGGAUUUUGAUUUAUAAUAGCCAAAAUCAGAGAGCGUA